AUGGACGUCGCCACGUUUGGUUCGACCUGUUCUCCAACCUCUGCACAGUAUGUCAAAAACCUCAACGCGGAAGAGUGUUCAGGCGAAUAUCCGCGGGCGGCCGCGGCUAUCAAAAACAAGCACUACGUGGAUGACUACCUGGACAGCUUCGAGACAGUCCAGGAGGCGAUCGAGGUCGUCAACGAGGUUGUUGGUGUUCUCGAGGGAAUCGGUGCGACAUGCGAAAUUGAGCCGAAGAACCUGGACCUAGAACGAGGAGAAAAGCUGGAAUCGGUGCUCGGCAUGAAGUGGAUUCCAUUCGACGAUGUCUUCGUGUACAUGUUCGGCCUGAGGGAAGAUCUACAGUCCAUACUCGCCGAAGGCCACAUUCCAACAAAGAGGGAAAUCGCCAGGAUUGUGAUGAGCUUGUUCGACCCUCUCGGGUUCAUCGCCUUCUUCCUCGUACACGGUAAAAUUCUGUUACAAGACAUUUGGGCGAAAGGAACGGAGUGGGAUCAACAGAUACCGGAGGACAUAUAUGAGCGGUGGCAGCAGUGGUCAAAUCUCUUCGGACGACUGAGUGAGCUUCGCAUUCCUCGGUGCUAUUUCCGCUCGCCCUUCCCUGCAAGUCUCGACGGUCUUCAAGUACAUCUAUUUGUCGACGCCAGCGAGUCAGCAUUCGCCUGCGCAGUGCACUUUCGCCUGGAGACAGACAGUGGUAUACAAGUGGCGCUCGUCGGCGCCAAGACCAAAGUAGCUCCGCUAAAAACGCUCUCUAUCCCUAGACUCGAGCUGAAAGCAGCCGUCCUCGGCGUUCGACUGUUAGAGACCAUCCAGAACCAGCACAGUUUCACGAUCAGCCGUCGCUUCUGCUGGAGUGAUUCGGGUACGGUACUUGCGUGGAUUCGCUCCCAUGAUCACAGGCGCUUUCACAAGUUUGUCGCCGUCCGCGUCGGUGAAAUCCUGACUUCCACAGAGCAACGUGAGUGGAGGUGGGUGCCUACGAAGCUCAACGUCGCCGAUCUAGCUACCAAGUGGGGAUCUAGUCCGCAGUUAACCAUGGACAGCCCUUGGUUCCAGGGGCCAACCUUCCUCAAAGACCCUGAAGAGGACUGGCCGCAACAACGAACGAUCACUUCAACUGACGAAGAGCUACGACCUGCACACUUUCUCUUUGCACAUUUCGAUCCGAUUGUGGAUUUAGCUCGGUUUAGCAGUUGGACCAAAUUACACCGUGCAACAGCCUACGUACUGCGUUUCGUCGACAACAUUCGCAGAAAGAAGCAAGGACUUGCGUUGGAGCUUGGCGUUCUCAACAGUGACAAACUACGGCGAGCAGAAGAAAUGCUGUGGAAGUUAGCCCAAGUCGAGGCCUACCCUGAUGAAGUCGCCGUUCUCGCUACAUCUCAAGGUCCGCCGGAUCGCCGCCACGUCGUGGUGAAGAAGUCCAGCAAUAUCUACUCGAAAUGGCCUUUCAUUGACGAGAGAGGAAUUCUGCGGAGUCGUGGUCGAAUCGAAGCUGCCCCCUACGUAGCGAUGGAAGCGAAGUUUCCUGUAAUUCUCCCCAAGCAGCAUGCGAUCACUUUCUUCAUCGUUGACUGGUUCCACCGCCGUUUCCGUCACGCCAACCGAGAGACGGUUGUUAAUGAGAUUCGCCAGCGCUUCGAUAUCCCGAUGCUAAGAAGAUUGGUGGAUAAGGUAGCUGGUAACUGCGUAGUGUGCCGCAUCGCAAAGUCGGCUCCAAAACCACCUGCGAUGGCUCCGCUUCCCGAAAUGCGUCUGGCAGCGUUCAACCAACCGUUCACGUUCACCGGGUUGGACUAUUUCGGCCCAGUGCUCGUCAAGAUAGGCCGAAGCAACGUCAAGCGGUGGGUGGCCCUAUUCACCUGCCUGACUACCAGAGCAAUCCAUCUGGAGCUGGUACACUCCUUGAGCACGGAGUCAUGUAUCAUGGCUGUUCAACGCUUCGUUUCCCGCCGCGGACUUCCAAGGGAAUUCUGGACAGACAAUGCCACAUGUUUCAAGGGAAGCAGCAACGAGUUGAACAAGCUUACCGAAGAAACGAAGAAAGCCCUGACCGAGAAGUUCACCACAGCGCAGACAACCUGGAAGUUCAUCCCACCCGCUACUCCGCACAUGGGUGGAGCGUGGAGAGACUUACCGAACGACGAAACGUUGGAAACGAUUCUGCUCGAGGCGGAGGCAAUGAUCAAUUCUAGACCUCUGACCUACGUUCCGCUUGAGUCUGCAGAUCAAGAGGCCCUGACGCCCAACCACUUUUUGUUGGGCAAUUCCUCUGGAAUGAAAUUCCUGGCUACGGAGAACUUGGACGUUCGUUCGACUCUUCGUAGCAGCUGGAAGCUAGCCAGGUACAUCACCGGCGAGUUCUGGAAUCGGUGGCUGAAAGAAUAUCUGCCGGUCAUCACGCGCAGAUGUAAGUGGUUCCAGGACGUCAAAGAUAUUGCGGUAGGAGACCUGGUCUUAGUGGUGGAUGGGAAGGCAAAGAACCAGUGGAUUCGCGGCCGAGUCGAAGAGGUCUACCCCGGACGAGAUGGUAGAGUGCGGCAAGCUUUGGUCCGAACAUCGACAGGCGUUAUCCGAAGAGCAGCCGUGAAGCUAGCUGUUCUAGAUGUCGUGGAGGAACGUAAACCUCUCCCUGGAGUUUCGGAUGUCCCUGAUCCUCACCAAGGUUUACGGGCGGGGGUAUGUGCCGACAAGACCCCUCGUUUCGGUAACCCAGGCCGGCACAGCGCUAUGCUUCCCGAUGACAGUGCGCAAAGAGAAGAAAAUUGA